AUGCCUUCAAGAUAUUUGCCAGAUUUACAGCCAGGAGAAAGCUUGGAAACGUUUAUAGACGGCCACCUUCGACCACCGAGACAAUUUAAGGAAGCUAUGUUAAAAUCAGUCGAUACAGUUGUGAAAUAUCUUCAUCAACUCUCCACAAAAUACAGACAUUAUAAUAUUAAAGAGAUUGUCAAGAGUGGAUCACUUGGGAAAGGAACUAGUUACGGUGAAACUGCUGAUGUUGAUCUGGUGGUAUUUUUCAAUGGGUAUAAAACCAUGAACAGUUUUCUACAAGAUAAACCUAACAUAAUCCGAGAUAUCAAAUGGUAUAUGUGCAAUUCAGAUCCCGAUUCUUGGAGAUUUUUUGGAUGGUUAAGACCUAGUUAUCGUCCAAAAUGGAUAGAUAGCAUCCGUGUUGUAAGAACUACAGAUUACCAUGUAGAGUUUGAAGCUACGAUAAAUUUCAAUGGGAAAUUGGUUACUGUCCAUCUUGAUAUCUUACCAACGAUAGACAUCAUAGAUAUGCAUAAUGGGGUCAACUCAGUAAACAAGGAAAUAGAAAGCCAACCUCCAAAUAUUCGAGGACAUUACUCCGUGUGCUUUUGUAAACGCCAAAAACUUCUGUAUGAUGGCGGAAUGGCGAAAGUUAAGGAUCUUAUACGGUUGUUGAAAUAUUGGAAGAAGAAAAAUAGACUUAACUUAAAGUCGUAUGCUUGUGAGGUUUUGGCUUUAUGGGUUUAUAGAAAUCGUUUAAAUGAGAAUAAAUCUUUCAAAAUGGUUACUGGAUUUACAGAAGCUUUGGAAAUUUUGGCCUCUAAUCAAUCAGAUGAGAUUGUACCAUCAUACACAGGCAUAAAGAGUGAAUAUUUAGAUUGUUUCCACGAUCCGACCAACCCAUAUUCUCCUACCAUUACUGACUGGGGGUUUCAAGAAAUAAUCGACUGUGCUGAUAGAACUCUAAGAUCUGUGGAUAAUAUCGAUGAGGGAGAACAGGCAAUGAACCAUAUUGGCGUUACAUAUCAGUCAGAACUAUAUUGGUAUUAUUUCAUCACAAGAACUAUGUUAACGUUACAUAUCAGUCAGAACUAUAUUGGUGUUACUUCAACACAAGAACUAUAUCGGUGGUAUUUCUUCACAAAAACUAUGUUGGAUGUUAAAUAUCCUCCAGAACUAUGUCGGUGA